UAUGGUGAUACACGUAACACUUCUUGGAAGCCAGGUGAUCGGAGGUUAAUGAUAAAGAUAUCCACGUUGUUUAUAUAUUGUUUCAUGUUACUCAGCUGCCUAUUUCCUUUGUAAGCAGUGAAGGAGACCUCAGCCUGAGCUACUAUGCAGUGAGUAAGUAAAGGAACUACAGAGGAGCUUGUGGGCCUUCAUGAGCCCUGAAUUCACUCAGAAACUUCAUCAUGUCUGGCACUGUGAAAGGAGGGUCAGUCCCAGUUGGAUCAGGAUUCUGGAACUCUCCUGGGGCAGGACAGUACAGUAAAGAGACACAAGAACUUCUGAAAGUUAUGAUGCAAGAGUCCAAACUGACUAAUUUUCAGCAGCGGCAGAUUAGUGAUCAGCUUAAAAAGGGAAGCUCUCUACCACUACAGUGUAACGCAACCUCCAGUUCGAUGAAAGAGUCUGCUCCCUCUCCAGUCAAGCCAUCUCGUGUUGUCACAGUUUCAUGUAAACCUCAGCUUCGCCCUGCUGAGUACUGUAGAGCAGGAGACGCAUACUUACGAGAAAAAUUUAAACCAAAGCCAACAAGAGAUCUUGAGAAAGAGAAGCAACGUCUGCAGAGAAUCUUAGCUAUGGGAAAAGAUGAUCAGGAGCCCAAAGCAAAACAACAGACCAUCGAAAAACAGAAAGAAGAUGUUACAGAGACUGACAGGUUUGAAGAAUUGACAAAUGAAAUUAAAGAACGGCAGGAAUUCUUAGCAGAAAUGGAAUCUUUGGGCCAAGGGAAGAAGUAUCGUGGAAUAAUCUAUACAGAAAUUUCACAGAAAAUUCGGGAGAUGGAAGAGAUUGAUAAGAAGAAAACUGCUGAAUUAAAAAACAUGAUCGAGUCACAUUGUCAACAAAAACAAAGCAACUCAUUUAUAUAAGUUGCACAGGAUAACAAGUAUGACAGUGAACAGCUAUGUAUCAGGAUAUCAAGUGUGAUAUGAAAAGGUUUCUUAACUGGUGUAGAUGUCAUUAUUCUGAGCAAGCCAGCUUCAUUAAAACAAGUUCCAAAGUAAUUCAUCUUUUCAAGAAUCUGUCAGCCUAGUUAAAGUGUAAAGUGUGCAUCUCUGCGUCCUGCUUCCUUCUUCAUCUACCCACAAAGUAGAUACAUAUUGUAUUCUCAUCGUAAUUUAGAACUUUUCAUUUUUUUUUUAAUAAAUCCACUAAGUCUUAGUCUACAA